UAGUCAGACCCGGAAGCGGAAGUAGCGCGUUUGUUUACAGCGUUACAGCCUGAUUGCGCCAGGUUACUUUUAACUAACGAGCGAGAGACACGUGAGUGUUUCUAAUCGAUGUGCACACAUCAAGGCGGAUUUGUUUAAGGAGCAGCUAGAAGCGUGUUUCAGUUUCAGAUAACUGGAAUAAUCAGGAAUAGUUUUUAGUCGGUCUUGCUAGCUUAGCGUGUUAGCUUGUAGACUGUAAACAUGGCGCUGGCGGUGCUUUUCCUGCUCAUCAACCUGCUCAUGUCUCCUCUCAUUUACUGCUGGAAUGACGGAGCUGUGUUACUCCGUGAUGUCCAGGCUCUGACCCUGUACAGGGGUCGGUACACGACGGCUCGCCGCUCCAGCCCUGUUCCUCAGCUGCAGUGUGUGGGAGGAUCCGCGGGCUGCACCGCCUUCGUUCCUGAAGUGGUCCAGUGUCAGAAUAAAGGCUGGGACGGUGUGGACGUCCAGUGGGAGUGCAAGGCUGAUAUGGAUAACUGGUACCGUUUUGGAAAGGUGGAGGUCUCCUGUGAAGGCUACAACAACCCCGAUGAUCCGUAUAUACUGAGAGGCUCGUGUGGUCUCGAGUACACGCUGGAGCUCACAGCUGAGGGCAGGCAGAACCAGGGCUCGUUCCGAUUCUCCGACUUCGCAUCCGGGUUCUUCCAGGGAAAGCAGCAGCACGGAAGCAGCCAGCAGUUCCAGAGUGGCCUGUCGGCCGAGGGUUCGGGCAGUUUGGUGGUCAUCGCACUCUUCCUGCUGCUAGCCUUCGCUGUUUAUAAGAUGUUUCUGUGCGACUCUGGUCGUGGUGCCCAUGGAGAUGGGUACAGAGGAAACCAAGGUCCUGAUGGAGCCGGCUACAACAACAUGGGUCCACCUCCUCCUGGGUUUAGGUCUGAAUACACAGAUCAUCCUCCUGGAUACGGCUUUACAGAUUCACACAGCGGACCUCACACCGCCAACUGUGGAGGAAGUGGACUCGGAGGCGGGCUCGGAAGUGGACUCGGAGGACUAGGAGGCGGACUCGGGGGACUAGGAGGCGGACUCGGGGGACUAGGAGGCGGACUCGGAGGACUAGGAGGCGGACUCGGAGGCCCUGGGGGUAGAAACAGAGGCGGAGGAGGAUUCUGGUCUGGAAUGGGAACAGGAGGACUGCUGGGAUACCUGUUUGGCUCUCAGAGGCGUGGUCCUUCUGCAGGCCCUUAUGCAUCGCCGUAUUCCAACACCAACAGCAGCUCCAACACCAACAGCAGCUCCAACACCAACAGCAGCCCCAAAACCAGCUCAGGGACUCGCACCGCUUCAGGUUUUGGCGGAACAAAGAGAAGAUAAACGGCGCUGGAUACGAGGCGACUGAUGACGUCAUAAAACGCGGCGUUCAGUGCGAAUGAAUGUCAACUAGCUUUAGCGGCACUGAUGUUUUGAAUUGAGAUCUGCUUUGUGCAACAUGUUUGAUGUGAGAUACAUUGUCGGGACGUGUGUUUAGACUCCUUUUUUCCUGUGCCUUUUUCUGAAUACCGUUGUAGCUACUGAGCUGCACUGUUUGUUGCUUAGCAACCUGUCUGUUUUCAGCACCGCAUUUAAAAAAAAGAAGACGCAGAACAGGGCAGGUAAAUUCUAUAAUGCGGUCUGUUGCCAAAUGGUGUUUGACAGCAUCAUUUAUUAUUAUCUUUAGGAUUAAAAACAUACUCCACAACGAAUAGUCAAUGAUUCACCCAGCUGUGUCUGUAAUUAAACACCAGCUCUUUUUCCUUUGGGCAGUUAAUACAUAAAUAAAGAUUAUUUUUGUAGAAAUUACUUUUUGUAUUGGUGCCUUUCCUAAUUUCAUUACUUUUCUUAAAUUACUCAGACCAGAUGUGCACAAUUAUUUAUUGUUCACCAGUUAACCUUAUUGAAACACAACGCAAAUACAGUGUGUAAUGACUGUUAGUUUGGGAAUGUGUGUUUCUUUUGUUUUAUUCUAUUUGAAUAUGUGGUGUAGUGUUUCUGAGGAAGAUUGUAUUUGCUAACCUAAUAUUAGAAAAAUAUCUGUUAUAAAAAUAAAUGUCUAAAAACAG